AUGUUUCUCGAAGGCGACGGUCAGGAGAUAUAUGAUGAACCCUUACCUUCUCCAUUCGUUUUUAUAACAUCAAAUGCAUUGUCUAUGAGGAGUUUGGAUUAUGAUUACGAAGAGGAGACAGUUUUCUGGACAGACGCACAUACUAAGACAGUAUAUAAAACCGUUAUGCAGUCAGGAAACUUGAUGAACAUUGCUGUGUAUAGCGGAACCUCCUCACAAGCGGAGGGUUUGGCUGUGGACUGGAUUUCUAAGAAGCUGUAUUGGACCGACGCGCUAUAUAACUGGAUUAUGGUUUCAGACUACAGUGGCACGUACGUCAAGCCACUGCUAUUACAUGACCUUGAUCGACCUAGAGGCAUAGUUGUACAUCCAAACAAAGGCUUGAUUGUCCAUAAACAAGAAGGUCCGCAGGCGAGAGCUAGUAGGAAGACUGUUUUCCAUGUCAAAUAUUUCAGUGGUGCUAAUUCCUGUGGUUUAAAGGGUGUUCCACUUAGAGCUGACAACAAGUCCAAAUUGCGUGGUUCCUUAGAUUGGGAUCAAGGCCUCUGA